GAAUUCAACGGCCGAUUCAACUACCCCGUUUGUAUAUACAUUGCCGCUGUGGCGGAAAAAAUCAUAACGAAGUGGCUAGACUUGGCUAUCCGCUUCGAGGAGAAAGCUCAGAUUGAGAAUGUAAUUCGGGCCUCUGCAUUUCAAGUGCGUCUCGCUUACAAUUUCCUUCUAUAA